GCGCGCUUACCCAUAAUCCCCUUCUCUGCGUCGGUUAACAAAUAUACAAAUACGCUUUAACACGGAAUUAUAAACCCGUAAUAAACAGGCAAGCUAACUGCUACAACUCUCACAAUAAACUUUUUAAAGGAAGAAUACUUGUAAUCAUUUUAGCACAACAUACCGGUAGUACUAGCAUCUCACUACGGGUCGCUAUGCGAUGCGUCAUUUCCGCCAUCUCAGGUAGACAAGCUGGUGAACCGCAGAAAACGAUGGUUGUUAUGGCAACUGAGACAUAUCGCCUGAAACCUUCCUCUGCCUAAGGAAAUGUAGUCUUUUUAAUAUAUAUAUAACACAACUACGUGUAUAAAUACUUUUAUAAAAAAUAUGUAACAAGAAUAAGAUCAAUAAGAGUUGGCGUGCGGGAUUUGUAGCAGGCGACAUUGUUAAAUAGGCUUGUGUAUGAAAUAAACAAUUUUAUAAACAAUUUUAUUUUACUUCAAAAAAGCAAUGAAAAAACGGAUGGAAAAAGUCAGCAAGGAAAAAGGAAAGGAAGUCGAGGAAGAGCCUUCACAUACUGCAGAGUGGGCGGAGCUUAAUCCUUCAAAAUGCGAUGGUUUACUGAAUAUACAAGACAAGUGUCCUGUCCAAAGCAUAGAUGACUACCAGUGCUCAGGCAAUCUGGAAGUGGAUUUCCCAGAGCUGUGUGCUUUAGUUGGCCUGAGGGAAAUCCCUGAAGUGAGACCAUUAACAGCAGCACCACCUUCCUCAAAAAGAGCAAUGGAGAAUAUCCAAGACCAGAUUUUCUCUGAAAGCUGUAUGACAAUCUGGUCUCCUAAACCCCGCCUUCACAUAGAACUGGAGAACGAGGACUCUCUGAGUGUAAAAAGAGUCCGAAUAUCUGGAUGGAGGGUGGAUGAGGCAAUGGCUCGAGUGCUGAGUAAGACAUUACCAUCCCUUGGUAAUCUACAGAGCCUAGAGAUGUGGCAGAUUGGAUUGACUGACACCAUUCUGACCUCCAUGAAGAACAUAAUUUCUAUGUGCUCAAAGCUCAGGACGGUUGUUUUGGAGGGAACUCCAAUUCCAGAAAACAGUUACCAUAUUCUCCUGGGAGAGGACAGUAUGAUAACACACCUAUCAUUGCGAAACAACUGCAUAGGAGAAGACGGAGCACGUCUGAUUAGUUUAGCGCUCUCCAAGACUCUCCAGUCACUCAACAUGGCCUUCAACUCUGUUGGCGAUGCGGGUGCUGUUUAUCUUGCACAGGGGCUGCGUCUCAAUCGCACUUUGUUGUAUCUCUCCUUGGCCAACAAUCAUAUAGGCGAUGUAGGAGCAUCCCAUCUGGCUCAGGUGAUUGGCCCAUUUGCUCUGACACAUGAAGAAAUAGUUGAGAGGAGAAGGCAGUUGAAAAGGAAGGACCAACUGUUGAUUAGUGAAGACUCUGAAUGCGAGUCAGCUUUGUCCAUUCCCAGCAGUUCAUCUCUGGAGUGCAACAUCAAAAGUGCCACCAAGAGAAAGGAUGGCACCAAAAAGGAGGAGAAGCUUCCAACAAAUCAGACAGUGACAACAACGGGAAAGAAAGAAGACCCCAAAGUGGCAAAGAAAAGAACCUCAGAUACUAAGAUUCCACAAGGCAGAGGUGGAAAAUCAGAUGAAAAAGACAAGCAUCCUUCAGUGAAAGAACAAGAGACAGAAGAAGUGGUUGAGACACAAAGCCCUUUGCUGAAUCCUGCUAUACAGAGCACUGGAGGAAAAGUGAUUUAUCCAGGCAACACAACACUUCUCUCUCUGAACUUGUCAGGCAAUAAACUGACACAGCAGUCACUUCAGAUGUUCCUGUCAUCCGUGGCGUGUCAAGGGAAAAGAGGUCUCCAGUAUAUUUCUCUUAAUAGAAACAGCUUUCCUCCAGACUGUGAGGUCUUCUUGAAACUACAGGAAAUUAUGUCACUUAGGAAUCCUGUAAACAGGACUACCUCAGCUCAGGCGGAGGCUGAGCAGGGACAGGCAGCAUAGCAUAGCACAAUUACCUUUUCCGCCUCAGAAUUUUACCUUAGAAUGAUCUUUAUUAUGCUAUAUUUGAGAAGAUACAGUAGUUCUGAGCAAAAAAAAGGAUUGGUGGUUUCAGUUAACUUGAUCUACUGUAUAUCAGGUGAACCAUGUCGUCACUGUGUGGAAUCAAAUCCAAAGCUUUGGUGUCGACUCUCAAUUCCCAAAUGCCUGGAAUCGAGGCAUCGCUUCUUUCUGGGAUCGACUCCCAGCCCUAGCGUUAAUAAAGCACAUUUACAGGGAUUUCCAUGAACUGUUGUACAUGUUGCUGUUGCUAAUUCUCAAAAUGAAGCGUGAUACCCCAGAGACCUUAAAAAAUGUGUCUCACAUUGAUUUAUUUAAUAAAAUAAUACAAUUGUACAGAGGACUGAGCUGUAAUCUACUGGAUCAGGUUCUCAAAGGUAGAUGAGAGUACAAACUAGAAGGUUAAAGUUCACGGAUGAACUUUUGAUGUUGGCUUGACAGAGCCAGUUAAAAGAGUUAUUAUUAUUUUUUAUUAUUUAAUAUUACAGGGUUUUGUUGUCAUUGAUUUUAAAAUGUUAAACAAUUAAGAAUGUAAAGGUUAAAAGACUAAAAGGAUAUAAUAGUUAAAGGUUAAAAACGUACAAAUUAUGCCUGAAGUUUAAAACAUUAAAAGGUUAAAAGGCUAUGAUAUUCCACUUGGUUACUAGAUGGUUGCUAUGAUGUUGCUUGGUGUUUGCUAGGAUAUUGCAGGUGGUUGCUAUUAUGUUGCUUGGUGGUUGCUAGGAUAUUGCAGGCGGUUGCUAUGAUGUUGCUUGGUGGUUGAUAUGAUAUAUUCCAGGUGGUUGCUAUGAUGUUGCUUGGUGGUUGCUUUGAUGUUGCUUGGUGGUUGAUAUAAUAUAUUCCAGGUGGUUGCUAUGAUGUUGCUUGGUGGUUGCUUUGAUGUUGCUUGGUGGUUGAUUUGAUAUAUAUUCCAGGCGGUUGCUAUGAUGUUGCUUGGUGGUUGAUAUGAUAUAUUCCAGGUGGUUGCUAUGGUGUUGCUUGGUGGUUGAUAUGCUAUAUUCCAGGCGGUUGCUAUGGUGUUGCUUGGUGGUUGAUAUGCUAUAUUCCAGGCGGUUGCUAUGGUGUUGCUUGGUGGUUGAUAUGCUAUAUUCCAGGCGGUUGCUAUGGUGUUGCUUGGUGGUUGAUAUGCUAUAUUCCAGGCGGUUGCUAUGGUGUUGCUUGGUGGUUGAUAUGAUAUAUUCCAGGCGGUUGCUAUGAUGUUGCUUGGUGGUUGAUAUGAUAUAUUCCAGGCGG